UUCCAUUUCCAUAUGUAUGACAAGUGUUUCCAUUCUAGCUUGGGAUGCUUUCCUUUCCAAGCAAAAUCCGGUGACCCAAUUCUAGAAUGGAGUAGAUUGAUAGUAGUACUGUAGUUGGCAAACCCCAAAUCCAAUCCUCUUCAACUCACAAUCAUCGCCGCCUUCACCGCAUCCAUCCGGCCGCCGUCUCUUCUUCCUCCACAUCCCUAUAUACAGUAGUACGACUUCGCCGCAGCUAGCUGAUCAGAUCUAUAGUAUAUAUCCCAUGGAGGCGGCGGCGGCGACGGAGGGUGGUGGACAGCAGAGGCGCGGCGGUCGGCGCGAAGUGCGGCGGAUCGAGGACGCGACGAGCCGGCAGGUGACGUUCUCGAAGCGGCGCAAGGGGCUGCUGAAGAAGGCGUCGGAGCUGUCGGUGCUGUGCGACGCCGAGGUGGCGCUGCUCGUCUUCUCCCCCCGCGGCCGCUUCUUCCACUUCGCCUCCGCUCCAUCUCUGGAGGAGACAAUCGACCGCUACAUUAGCCACAGCCAAGAGACACCUGCGAACAAGAAGCCUAAAGAACUAAUUACUGCGCAGAACAUGGAAUCCCGAGCUGAAACCUUAGCAAUGGAGAUUGACACAGUCGAGGCCUACACAAGGAAGAUGCAGGGAGAAGAUCUGGAAUCAUGCUCGUUGCAAGAACUGAAUGACCUGGAGAUGCAGCUGGAGAAGAGCCUAAGCAGCAUCCGUGUACACAAGCAAAAGAAGAUGAUGGAUAAGAUUUUACAGCUUCAACAACAGGAGAAGAUUCUCUUGGAGCAAAACGCCCAGCUACUCCGCAAGCAGCAGUGCAAGGCGCAACAUGAUCCAGGUGCAGCUCCAGAGCGCGAGCUGAACUACCAGGAUAUUGACGUUGACACUGAGCUGGUCAUUGGAAGACGGUGAAAAUAUUCAGAUUUUACAGAAAGAAACGGUGACGAUCAACUUGUUAGACUCUCAGCGAGUUAUACUCAAUUUGUUUGUAGCCAGCUUCUUAUUUAAUUGUCCUGCAUUAAUAUAUAUUAUAACACAAUCAUAUCUAAUCUUGGUCUGACGAGAAGAUAUAUGGGGUGGCUAUACAUAUAUAAUACAUACACAUCAUUACAUUCAGGCUUUGGUGUUGUGUUUGACCAACAGACAUG